UGGGAGGCGCGUGGUUCCCCCCAGCUUCUCCUGGGCCACUUCAGUGUCACAGUGUCCCUCAGCUUAUUCCCAUACGCUGGCCUGUAGCGUGUCCUGUGUGUCCCCUGCGUGUCCUGUGGCGCCUCACGGCAGCGCCUGGGCUUUCUCCAGCUGUGGUGCCGCUUUCCUCUGACCCUGCUCCUGACUGGGAGUAGAAAACACAGGCCCUGGAGUGGCGAGUGGAUGACCCUGGUGCUCUGGGCAGAGGCCUUUCCUGCCUGCCUCUGUCCUUGUGGUGUCCCUGCCUGGAGUUGUGUAGCAGUGGAUGGAGCAGGUUCCAUGUGACAGGUCCUGUACCUUGGGGCCACGCCCUGUGCCAGCUGCUAUAGCCCGCUGUGCUGCAGAUGUGGACACACGGGUAUGGAGAGGGCGGUUACUUGCUGUGGUUGCAUGCAAGUGCUGUGCCCAGGCCUCUGCUGAGGGUGCUCUGCAGGCCCAUUCUUCAGUCCUGGGGUGGCUGGUCUGGAAGAUGUGUCCCAUUGUCCUACUGAGGUGGAGAAUUUGGGACACGGGUUGGCCCCAGGCAGAGUUCCCAAGUGUGGCAGGGCCCAGACGCGGGGUGCUGCUGCCUCGGCUCCUGCAGAGGCUCUGGAGGGGUGUCCUGGAGCUGUGGCCACAGGGCUUGAUGGGGGCAGCGGGGGUCGGAUCCCCCUGCACCAGCAGGGCUGCGGUGUGCCUGGCACCCGCCCCCCUCGUCCUGCUGUCUGAAACGAGGAGAGCUGAGAGCUGCAGACGUCGUAAAAGGCAGGUCUUUAGGUGGACAGUCUGAUUUGGGCAGCCUCGGCUCUGGGUUGGCCUGUGACCGCAAGCAGCUUUCACUUUUAAGUUGUUUCCUUGUUCAGGUUCUUAGAGACACAUAAUGACUAUUUUAGUAAAGUGCUUACAUGUCACUUUUCUGCUUGUUUAUUUCUUUUUUCGCAUCGACUUAGGUGUGUGUAGCAGGUGCUACUCCGGUUGCACGGGCUGGGAGACCUGGCAUGCGGGUUGUAGUAUGUGACCGGCUGGCAGGUGGCCCCAGCCCCGGCUCCCCUCAGCACCCCCCAACACAGACACAGCUUGCAGCCUGGUAAGAGCAGCGAGGGCCGAGUGGCGGAUGGGCUCCCAUUUCAGAAAUGCCCGUGUGACUUAAUCGCAGGCUUUUCCCCAGUUAUAAAAAGGAGUGACUGUUGUUUGUAGAAAGGUUGGAAAACAGAAAAAUACAAAGCGAGAAUCACUGGGAGGGUGGUGCUGUUGACAUUUUGGCUCCUUCUUGUCUCUUCCUCUUCCCGGUGCUCCCCUCCUCUGCCUCACCUGGGAACGGCCGGGCUGUUCUGGAGUCUCUCCUGGGACACUGGAGAGGCGUUCUGAGGGCAGGGAGGUUAACACGCCUGCGCAGGUGCCGCCCUCAGCCAGGCUCUCUGGGUCUCCUUGCACACAGCCUGUGCCACAGGUUCCUCAGUGGGGUCAGGUGGGCACAUGGCAGUGACGUCUGUGCUGCCAGCUGCGUCUGCUGUGGGUGGCAUCACGCCUGCCUGCUGAGAGGGUGAGACCGCUGCCCGUGUGCCGAGCCCAACUUGGACUGCAGGCUGGGCAGCGGGUUUCCACCUGUCGCUGGUCUUGGCGCAGACAUGCAUCUGUCGUGGUAUAGGCUCUUUUUUAUUUUUUUUAAAAAUGAUUUAAGUUUUUUAUGUAUCAGAGAUUGAACCCAGGGUUGCUUAAUCUCUGAGCUGCAUCCUCAGCCCCUUUUAUAUUUUACUUAGAGAACAGAGUCUUGCUGAGUUACUUACACCUCACUAAGUUGCUGAGGCUCACUUUGACCUCGAGAUCCUCCGCCUUGCCUCCCAAGUUGCUGGGAUGGCAGGCUGUGCCACUGCACCCUGUUGGUAGAGCCAGGCUGUAUUUAAGUAGGUUUGCCUGGAGGAAGAGAGACCUCUGCAUCCCGUUAUGGGAACAUGGGACCCUGGGUGGCUGUUUGAUGCCCUGCUGAAGCCCCUGGGCCACGCAAGAACAGGUGGGAGGCUGGAGAGCUAGGAAUCUGCUGCCUGGCCAGAGGCAGAGGUCCAGCACCCAGGAGAGCCUGCGGGCUGUGGUGGGCCUCACCGGGAGACCCUGUGUGUGCUGCCCGCAGGGUGCUCCUGAGCUGAGCGCAGCAGGCAGGCGUGCGGCUGCUCUCCAGUCAGCAGGCCCCGCAGCGCGUACGGUUCAUCCUCCCAGAAGCCUGUGAGGUAGGCACUGCCACACCUGGGCUCAGAGGGGAACGUGAGGUGUGUGUGAGGAAGGCUCCCAUCAGCACCUCAGCAUGCCAGCGGCCCUGCCCCCUGCCAUGCAGGCCCUGGGGUGUAUUCUGCUGUGCCACCAAGGGGGCAGUCCCCAGCGUUGGCCACGCAGCCUUGGUGAGGCGAGGAGCUGGGUUUGGUGUUCCUCCUUCUCACGUGGGGAUGACGUGACCUGUGUGCAGAGCAGCUGCUGCUCGGGCUGCGUGGACUCCCGCACAGCAGGCAGGAGCUUGUGCAGCGUCCUUGCCCCAUGGGGCUUCUCAGUGACGCUCCUCUGUGGCCCGGCAGUGUCCUACACUCGGGCCCGCGGUGUGCAGCUGCUUGGAAUCUGGGUCUUCCCCGUCCCUUCAGCUGGGCCCGCCUGUCUCCCCCCUUCACAACUGGUUGUGUCCAGCGUGCGGGUGUCAUUGUGUGGGACCAGUCGCACGAUGGCACCUGUCCUCCUGUCCCACAGUAGGACGGUGCUGUCUCAGUGACCUUGCGCAGAUGUCCCUGGGAGUGUGAGGAUGGCAUCUGGCUCUUUGCAGCUGGUCCCUGUGUUGAUGUUCCGGGUGGUGUGGUGGCAGUUCCCAUGGAGAGCCUGUGUCCUGCGGACAGGGUGGCCUGUGUGCUGCGCCCAUCCCUUCAGCGCUUUGUCCCACCGCGCAGCACAGCCAGGUUUGCCGGCCAAGAGUGGCUGCUGCUUUGCCAGGGUUUGCGUGAACUUCUCUGUGCCACUUUCAUGCAUUUUUUGCCCUGCUGCCUGCCCGCCCACCCUCUGCCUCCCUGCCCGCCCAUCCCCUUUCAGGCACAGUUGGCAGACCACAAAGGGUCCGUGUUGAGGUCCGUCUUCAAGAACUCAGUGGGCAGGCACGCUGCUGCGUUUCAGAUGGAUGGCACUGUGCUCGGUGUGAGGGCUGCCUGGGCAUGACACAGUGGGGACAGACUUGCCUGUGGACGCUUGGGCUGGACUUGGCUGCGGUUGGGACAGCGGAGGCUGCUUUGGCCCCAGGGGAGGGCUUCUGCCCUCUUCAUGCACAGGGCUUCCUGGGAGGCUGGCAGUGUCCCUGGCCUCUGCGGAUGUCGGUAGAAUACCCAUCUCCAGUUAAGACCACCCAGGUGUCUACAGAUGUCCCCUCAGGGACAAAGCUGCUGCCAGUUGAAAACUCUGGCCUAGAGAAUAAUGGAACAUCAGACUUCUUGCUUGAAAGGAUAAAAACAUGAUUCCAAGUUUAAGGCCCGUCUGGGCAACUGAGACCUUGUCUCGGAAUACAACAGGGGCUGGGAUGUAGCUCUGGGAGCACCCCUCGUUCAGUUCCAAGAACUGCAAAACAAAACAAAACAAAGCCCAAACAACCACAAAGGAAACAGGAGGAGUUAUGAGAAUCACAUCACAUCGAGUUUUGAACCGCUGCAGUUGGUGGUAGAGAGCUGUUCACAGGCAUCAGAAGAACCGGAAGAAUCCACAUGCAUGUCUUUAGCUGAAAAGAUCCUGGACCCUAGGGACGGCAGGGAUGUUCCUAUCAGGACUCCCCUGUGACAUGCUUGUGUCUGGCUCAGUGUCCAGUGCUCCUGGGGAGGGGAAUGGCCAGGGCUUGGGCCAGGAAGGCUCCCAUGGUAGGUAGGACACCUGCUGAGGGUGUCCUACAGCAGCCUGCCCUGACGGGAGAUGUGCCCGCAGCACUCGGAGACUGUUUCCAAACUAGGCCAACCUGCUGUGACCCCUGGAGCUUGGAAGGACAUGACCCAGCCAGCUUCCCUGCCCCUGAGCAGGGCCCUGGCUGUGGGGGUGGGGACUGGCCACAGUUGUGUUUUCUCUAGCCUGUAACUGGAAUCCAGCAUUUCCUGCAAUUAUGAAAGCAGACAGAGACCCACAGCAGUCCCAGCAGUGCCGUGGCCUGUCACAGUGGGAUCACAGGCAUCUGGGGUCACUGUGGAGUGAGGCAUCGCCCAGUGCUCCUUGGAGGUGACCGUGGACUUGCUCUCAGUGGUGGAGGAGCUCAGGCAACUGUCCCCAGCCUCACUGCCUGGGCUUGCAAUCCGCAUAUCAUGCAUCUGAAUGUAUUUGUGGGGAAGGGUCAGUAGAUGUCCUUGGAUGGCCGCUGGGUGGCCAGCACAGUAGGAGGCUGAGACCCUUGCUCUGGCAGCCGGUGGCCGUCUUCCAGGGGCCUCUGGAUGCCUGCUGGUGGAGGACAGCCAGCUUUGGAGGCCCCAGCCCUGGUCAUCCUGUCUUUCGUGGCCAGUGUCUGUUAGCAUGUUCUAUUUAUAAAUGAAAUGGACUGCUAAAAAUUAAAUUUCUACAAAUUGUGCUUUUGGUUCACAAAUAUUAAAGUGAAUUUUAAACACAAAGCUUUGAUGAAAUUCACGUAGUGUUCUCUUCCCAUGGUGUGUCGCCAGCAUUCCAGAAGGUGUUAAGUCUAAGGGUGACGCAUGACCCCAGGAUCCUGCCCAGGGCACUGGGCACAGGCAGUAUGGUCCAGCUCUGAGUGUCUGUGUGGCCACCACGCUCUAGUUUACCUUGAGAUGCUCUUGCAAGGUUCGCAUCACCUGGAAUAAUUGGAGAUGCAGAACUGCAACCCCCCAGACCCAGCUUGGAGCCCGUGCCUCACCACCCCCCAAGGGCACUCUGCACCUAGAGGUUGGGGGCAGCCGCUCAUCUCCACAGCUGUGACGACAGGGGAGCUGCGGAGCCCAGGUGUCUAGACCGCAUCCCACAGGGCACCACAGGUGUGUGGCAGCCCUGGAACCACAGGUGGAAUGUGCCCUGCGUACCUGGUGGCUGCUCCGCGGCAGACCCGCCUGUGUUGGGGGACCAGGAUGGAGAUUAUGAAAACUUGACUUUGAAGUGGAGGUGCUUCUUUAUUUACCCUGAUCAAAUUGGAUGGUAUGUAUUUUACAGAAAGAUUGGCACCUGCUUCCUGGCAGGCCUGUUCUCAGUUCAGGGGAUCCUGCGGUGAGCAAAACGAGACGCCACAGACCCCUGCCCCUGCUGGACCCCAGGAAGUUCUGUGCCACAGUGACCAGUGCGUUUGGACGGGAGGGCAGGGAACAGCUAGUGCAGAGGCCCCGGCAGGUGGGACACAGCGUCCUCUUUGGGAAGAAGGUGAUCCGUGGGCCAGGCUGCAGGGGCAGGCAGCAGGACCUCAGUGGGCCGUGGCGGGGCGAGCCCUGGAGAAGGAGGGUUGGCAGCGGUACAGGGCCACGUGUCGUCAUUCCCUUGGAAACAAAGCAGGAGACUUAUCCAGAGAAUCUGGAGCUGGGGGACGUCUGGCCAGGGGGAGUUGGGUCUGUUGGCCUCUGGGCAGGAACGGAAGGCAGUGCUGGGACCCGUCAGGCCCGUCUCCUGCACCUCCAGCUGCCGACGGGCGUGUGGGCGAGCGUGAGUCAGAGAGCAUCUGAGUUGAGCUGCGUGGGUCACGUGGGCAAAUGAGCCUGACCAAAAAUAACCCAAAACAGCAUUUCUGGGAAUCGCAAGUGAAGGCAGCUUUUAAUGUAAACAAAGGAGCAGAGAAAGACGAAGGCCGUUGGAAAGAAUGGACGUCUGCAAAGCUGAGAAGGAGUGCUUUUGGGAAAUGCUGAGGAGGACACGCGUGGCGUCCUGUGGCUGUGGUUUUGCAGUGUUUCCUUUUUUUCCUCGCACCAGAGGGAAGCGUAUGGUCUGACUGGGCAGCUUGCAGCUUCCCCAGGCUCCGGGCUGUGGCGGGGACCAGCCUUGGGCCUUCCUGUUGAUCCUCGGGGAGCACUUCCUGCCGUCCCUGUGGGCAAGCAGUGCUGUCCCCAUGUGAAGCCUGUGCCUGGGUCACCCUGACGAUCGGUUGGCACUGCGCACAGAGCACAGAAGGCCCUCCCAGAGCUCCUGCCUGGUUGCGUCCCCAUACCUCAGGGCUCAGUGCACAGUAGGGUUGAAGGCCACUGCUCAGGCCUGGGGUCGGGAUCAGUUGCACUCCUGUCUGGGCAGGUGCUUCUCUGCUGGCCAGCCACACUGGCCCCAUUGUCUCCGUUCUUGGGACCAGGUGUUGGGGCUCCACACCAAGUGGGUAGCAGAGCCUGCAGGUGGAGAGCCAGCAGCCAGGGGACCCAGUUGGCUGCAGUAGAGUUCAGGUCUCUUCCGUGCUGCCCCAGGCCCGUGUUUCCUGUUGGGAAUGAGCUGGCUUCUCCUGGGGUGGACUCGUGCCCCGCCUCUGCUUGCUGGGUUGUCUUGGUUGCUGGGAAGGGUUCACCUCUGGAAUGCUCAGGCGUUGGCUGAGGGGUGUCUUCUGAACUGGAGGAGCCCGCCCUGUCAAGUCACUAGAGAUGGCUCCGCGACCGGAGGCCCCGCUGCAUGGCGUCGGCAACAGCCUGGAGAAGGCGCUGCACACCUCAGCACAUUCCACGGAGGAGGCGCUGCCCAAGAGGCCUGUGGGGAAGCACGGCAAAGUGAGUGUUGAAAAGAUAGACCUGAAGGGAUUGUCACACACACACAGUGACAGAAAUGUUGACUGUUCCUUUGAGGUCUUGUGGUCUGAUUCUUCAGUAACAUCAGUAACCAAAUCUUCCUCAGAAGUGACUGAAUUUAUUUCAAAGUUGUCUCAGCUCUGCCCUGAAGAGAACUUGGAGAAACUCAUUCCCUGCCUGGCUGGAUCAGACCCCUUCUAUGUGGAGAGGAACCACGUGGAUCUGGAAGCGGGCCUGAGGUAUUUGGCUUCAUUGCCUUCUCAUGUAUUGAAAAAUGACCACGUUAAGAAGUUCUUCAGCACUUCAUCUCCCACCCAACAGCUUCAAAGUCCAAGUCCUGGCAACCCCUCCCUUCCGAAAGUGGGUGCUGUGAUGGGAGUGUCUGGCAGGCCUGUGUGUGGAGUGGCCGGAAUCCCGUCCUCCCAGAGCGGCGCCCAGCACCAUCUGCAGCACUCGGCCAGCGCAGCUGCUGCCUUGCCUCACUGCUCCCACGCCGGGGGCGCGGGCUCGGCACUCGCCUACCGGGCCCAGGUGGACGCCCCGCCUGCCAUCCUGAUGCCCUCCAGUCUGCAGGCCCCUCAGCCCCAGGAGCAAAAUGGAAUUUUAGACUGGCUUAGGAAGCUGCGCUUACACAAGUAUUACCCUGUCUUUAAGCAGCUCACCAUGGAGAAGUUUUUGAGCCUUACUGAGGAAGACCUCAACAAGUUUGAGUCCCUGACCAUGGGCGCCAAGAAGAAGCUCAAGACUCAGCUGGAGCUCGAAAAGGAGAAGUCGGAGCGGCGGUGCCUGAACUCUUCGGCCCCGACCUUGGUCACCAGCAGCGGAGUGGCCCGAGUGCCCCCCACCAGCCACGUGGGGCCCGUGCAGGCCGGGCGAGGUGGCCAUGCUGCAGAGCUGCGGGUGGAGGUGGAGCCGCCCACCCACCAGAUGCCCCGGGAGGGCAGCUCCUCGGAGUACUCCAGCUCCUCCUCCAGCCCCAUGGGUGUGCAGGCGCGGGAAGAGAGCUCAGACAGCGCGGAGGAGACCGACAGACGUGUGGACGUGCACUUAGAGGGUUCUGAUAAGGAGAAGCCCGUGAUGCUGCUGAGUCACUUCCCCUCGAGCUCUGCCCGACCCACGGCCCAGGUCUUGCCUGUGCAAAACGAGGCUGGCUGCGGCCCGGCAGGCCACCACCCUCUGCCCCCACAGCUGUUACCCACAGCCUCACACCUGGCACCCAUCAGAAUGCUGAGUGCAGUGCACAAAUCGGACAGAGGGGGCGCUGACGGGAAGCUCCUCUCGUCCUCCGUGCACUCGCUCUUGUCUUUGGAAGAGAGGGGCAAAGGGCCUGGCCCGAGGAGUGGCAUUAAAGUGGACAAGAGCUUCGGCAGUGCUGUGCUCGACACCCUGCCCUCGUCCACGCCCCAUCCCCCCGUGCAGGUCCUCUCUGGACUCUCAGAGGGCAGCUCCGUGUCACCCACUGUCUCCUUUGGGCCCCGGGCCAAAGUUGUGCACGCAGCCACUCUGGACAGGGUGCUGAAGACGGCGCAGCAGCCAGCACUGGCAGUGGAGACCAGCACAGCUGCCACAGGGACGCCCAGCACUGUCCUGCACGUGGCCCGGCCGCCCAUCAAGCUGCUGCUGUCAUCCUCCGUCCCUGCCGACGCUGCUGUCUCCGGGCAGACGUCCUGCCCCAACAACGUGCAGAUCAGCGUGCCGCCUGCAAUAAUCAACCCCCGGACCGCUCUGUACACAGCCAACACCAAAGUUGCCUUCUCCGCAGUGAGCAGUGUGCCCGUGGGCCCUCUGCAGGGCGGCUUCUGUGCCAACAGCAACACUGCCUCCUCCAGCAGCCACCCCUCCACCUCCUUCGCCAGCGCGGCCACGCUGCCCAGCUGUCCCGCCCCCAGCUCCAGCCCCGCGCUCUCCUCCGCCCCUGAGAGCAGCUUCUACAGUGGUGGUGGCUCUGCAGGAAACAUUCCUUCCUCAAGUCAGAGUCACCACCACCACCACCACCAUCAGCAGCCCCCGGCCCCCCCGGCCCCCGCGCCGCCCCCACCCGGCUGCAUGGUGUGCACUUCCUGCGGGUGUAGCGGCAGCUGCGGCUCCAGCGGCCUCACCGUGAGCUACGCCAGCUACUUCCAGCAUCCCUUCUCCGGGCCCUCCAUGUUCACCUUCCCGUUCCUGCCCUUCAGCCCCGUGUGCAGCAAUGGCUACGUCAGCCCCCAGCAGUACGGGGGCGGCUCCACCUUCCCUGUUGUGCACGCCCCCUACAGCGGCAGCGUGACUCCCGACCCUGUCCUGGGCGGGCAGUCCACAUUUGCUGUGCCACCAAUGCAGAACUUCAUGGCCGGGACAGCAGGGGUCUACCAGACCCAGGGACUGGUGGGAAGCAGCAACGGCUCCAAUCACAAAAAGAGUGGGAAUCUGUCCUGUUACAACUGCGGGGCCACAGGGCACCGCGCCCAGGACUGCAAGCAGCCGUCCAUGGACUUCAACCGGCAAGGUACUUUUAGGUUGAAAUAUGCCCCUCCAGCAGAAAGUCUGGACUCCACAGACUGAUAUUUUUCUCUGGCAACAGAACAUUAUUAAGCCAUGGAGACAUAAGAAAAGUUAAAUACAAAACUGAGACGUCUAGUUGCUGUUGAGCUUAAUAUUUUUAAUCCAAAGGUGCUUUACUUUACUAGACUGGAUAGAAAAUCUAGUGUAGAAGUGCAUCAAACCCAAUUUUAUUGCCAAAACCCUAGAUUGGAGCUUGAUGUCAGGACUUGCCUCGGGGCACCUCCGUGCCCGUGUCGGUGACUUGUCCACCUCCACCCUGGCUACAGUGCAGAGACCUCCUGUCUCCCAAAGAACAUCGCAUCGCUGGUCCUUCUAGGCUCACACAGUUCCAGGGCAGCUACGCGCGACCUGAUCAGACUGCAGGUCCAGGUCCUCCAGUGGGUCCCCCAGAUGGACUCGAUACCCCUGGGUUAGGGAAAAUGUCAACUUUGUUUUGCUUUACUUUUUUCCUAAAGUGAUAGGCACUAAUCUCUGGGAUUUCUAAGGAUUGCACUACAGAAGAAUGUACCUGACGUAGCCCUCUGCAGACUCCUGAGUCCCGUCAGGGCAGACCUGGCUGCGGGUGGAGUUGGCACAGUGGGUACGUGCCCAGCAUGCAGCCAGGUCUUAGUACGUCCUUCCUCCUGCAGACAGAUGUAAACGAUGCUAGUGAGUGGAAACUGUUCAUUUCUAAGGGUCCAAGUCCCAGGAGUCGCUGCUGAGGCUUGAGACUGGCCCUCUCCACCGCACCGCAGGCGGCUCCGAACUGCUCUCCACAGAGACAGCAGCAGAGCAGCUCGGCUCUGUGGGUCGCGUUCCCAACUCCACUUGCUCAUCGUCACCAUCUCACAUGGGCUCCAAGGACCCGGCCCCAGGGCUUCCUGCUGAUGUGUGCACACUCAGUGGGACCUUGCAACAGCAGUCCAGUCCUAGGGCUCAUGAGCAGAAGAUCUGACCUCUCCUGUCACUUUUUUGUUUUUUAAGGCUGUGUAUUGAUAGCUAAUUCCGUUAAAAAUUGCCUGGAAAACUUCAGUAUAAGGCAGAGAGACAGAGAGAGCACAGACCAGACGCAGCCUGGGACUGGGAGAAGUCCUGUUUUAAGUAGGAAAUAGCGCCCCUUGCUAUAGAUGUCCACAUCUCAGCCCUUUGGAAUGGAAGCAUCUGGGGACUUAGCCCUCGAGGAUAAAGGGAAUCUUCUGCUCAUGUGACAUUAUUUAACCUUCAAUAGUAACGUUGGUCGGCAGAGUCUUUCCAGGGAUUUUCCAGUUGAAUAUUGAGAAGAAAAAUCACAAUAUUCAGACCAUUCUGUAUUGAAAUGGGACAAUCAGCUUCAUACAAAAUUAGUGUAAAUCAAAAGAAUGCCCUAGAAUGUAAGGCAUUUGAGUAUGAGGCUUCAAAUUUUAGAUCAGUUUCCUGGCUUUGUGGAAACUAAAGCAGAAAGUUGUUACAUUUUUUAUGAAAGGCUUUUAGUAGUUUUGUAGUAUUAUUUUAGUAGAGUUUUAUUUCUAUGCAAUGCAGAAUUGACAGACCUCUGUAUUCUUCUCUAUUCAUGGUACACAGUAUUACAUACAGUUCUGGAAGUAACGGUGAUGCCUCUUAUGACAGCUGUUAGGGAAGGCUUCACAGAUCUCUUAGCCCAACACUACAAACAUCAAAUAUCAAGAGCUGACACAACUUUGCCUUAAAGAGCACCAGACUGGAGUUGGUCCUGUUGUGUUCAAGAAGACUAGAGUGUUCAUCGAUGUUUACGAUUUUAAUACUUCUGAAGGCCGUCACAGCGGCCUGGAUAUGUGCUGAAAGCCAAACUUUUAAAUUUUUUGGUUUUUUAAACAAAGAAAUAUUUUAAAUAAAUCCUAUUUCAACAUAGUGAAAUUGUUGAAAACUGUCUCAUAGCAGAAGAAAACCUUAUUUAAGUUUUUGUUUUAGUGUCAGUAUAGUGGAAUGAAAGUGUCAUUGUUACCCUUAGGACUGUUUUGAUAAAUAUUACAGGUUAACCCCAAUGUAACAAAAACUUAGAAUAGAAGCUUCCGUCUGAAGUGUGACACUCAGUGUGCGGUGCGUCAGUCCUGACCUUGCCAUGGCUGGGUCCCCGCCUCGGAGCACCCCGGUUGUCUUUGAAGGUGAGUGUGUGGUGUGAGGUCGUCAGGAGGCUGCGCAGUCAGGAACCAGGAGACCCAGCGUGAGAGCAGCGUGCAGAGGGAAUCCCGCCCACCCACAGGCCCGUGCCAGGUGCAGCCGUGCUUGGACACGAGGACCUUGGCUAGCAGUUACCGCUGGCUGAUGAAUCUUUCUCCAAAGCAACCAAAGUCAGUAAGCCCGAAGAGCACCUUGCACUUCACCGGAGUACUCCACCAUCGGUCGAAACCACAACAUCCUGGCCCUCUGGAGCCACCCUGCCGAAACCGGUGCCCCAACCGGGUGGGCGAGCGUGGCGCUGUGCUCUUCGGAGCCUGCCACGUGUUCAAGCUUCUAUCCCUGCGUUUUAGCUCCAGGAAUGGAGACAGUGGAAUGUCCAGAUCCAAGUAGAACAGUGCCAGGAUAGAACUGUUUAACCUUUCUUUUUUUUAAGCAAAAUACUCGAUUUUCUACCUUGUUUUCUAAUUUUUAUUUCACAGUAAUAUGGAAAAUUGGAAAGUGUUUAACGUUAAACUCCUAAUUGCUGAAGAGCACUGAGGAAAUGGGAGCUAGCACUUAAAAUGACAAUUAAGACAGAGCAUUCUCUUGAGCGCACAAGUGACUGGGUGUUAACAGGCCAGCAUGUCCACACCGCAGCUGGGGCCUGUCUUCAUUCAGGGCCAUCGGGCCCUGGUGGUGCUCCUUGUGGGCACAGGCCGCCGGGCCCUCUCCGCACCCCUCCCGUCCUUCGCCACUUCCCGGUGUUGUCUGAUCUAGUCCACCUCCAGGUAAAUGCCGGCCAUGAGGGAACCGUCUCCCUGCUCAGCCUCGUCCCUAAGGAUGCUCCUGUGGAACCUGAGCAGCUGGCUGUGCUUCCCGAAAUGCAGGUGACUUCCAAGGAACAUGUCAGGUGACACUGAAAGCCAUGGGUCUGAGGAGGCUGAUGCUGGACAGUCCCAGGCUGAGCGAGGUCUCUGGUCCGCUCUUGCAAUACUCCAGAAAACCACCUACUGUGCUGGUGAAGGCCACAAGGCCGGCCACCACCCUGCUCACACGGGGAGGGAACGGUGGCCACACGGGUCAUUCCUCCUGUGCGCAGAGAUGAGGCGUUGGUGCCGAGACUGAAACCUCCGCAGCUUCUAUUGGACAUGCUUUCUUUUUAGGAAUGAAGGAAUAUCUCCCAUUUUUGAGCCAUUCUUUUGUCAAUUCUACAAAAUUGCAUGUAACUUUAUAAAUAUUUUUAAAAGAUAUAGUUUUGUAAAUAUUUAAUAUUCCGCUAAUUUGAUUUUGAAUUGUAAAUGUCAAGUAUUCUGUUUUUGGGGUUUUUAUGUUUUAUUAUACUUUGUUAAAAAGGAAAAAUUGUACAUUUUUAGAAUGUUUUUAUGAGUAAAUUUAAUGUACUGAAAAUAAAAAUUUUAAAAAAGUCUCA